AUGACCUCUUCACGACAAUGCAUGUCUAUUGAUGCCAUCAUCUGCAACCCUCCUCACCAUCAUCAUCAUCAGUCAGCUGCACCAGCCGACGUUGCCAUGACCACCACAGAGGCACCACCUUCACCUCCAGAAUCCACUUUCAGCAUGCCUACAUCACCCCCACCAUCACCUUUGAUGAACAAUGCAUCCAAACGAUCAUCCACAUCAUCAUCAUCGGGUACCACUGCUGAACGUCGUUAUCGAAACAAAAUCGCAUCCGCCAAGUAUCGUGCUAAAAAACAAGAAAACAUGCGCUCGAUGGCAAAUAAAUUGGCCCAAGUGACAGCUGAAAAUGCAUCCCUGCAGCAUCAACUGAGUCAAGCACUCGAAGACAAUGAAGCCCUGCGGAGACUUUGUAAAUCAAUGAUGACUUCCUCCCAUCAACAGCAGCAGCAACAACAGCCAGCAGCAUAA